AUGUUAUUCCAGAAGUUGUACAAUUACUUUACAUUGAGUAUAAAAAGAUGUCAUGUUCUUCGAGAAGCACUUGAUAAAUCUCCAUAUGGUUUAAAUAUCAAAUCCGUAUCUGAUACAAGAUGGACUGCUAAUUAUGGAUCCAUUCUUGCUGUUAUUGAAUCAUAUGAUGAAAUUAUUUAUUGUUUCCAAUUGAUUGAAGAAGGAGAACAAUUCGAUAAAGAAUCAAAACUUCAAGGUAAGAAUUUAAGAAACAAAUUUAUUUCGUAUGAAAUAAUCGUAUUAUUAAAAUUUAUGGAAAAUAUAACACGAACAACCAAUUCAUUAACAGCACAUCUACAAACAAAGCAAUUGAAUAUAUUAUCAUCAAUGGAAUUAAUAACUAAUACGUUAAAACUAAUCAAAAUGAUGAGAAAUCAAUGA